UAUGGACAAUUCAGAUGAGGACAUCUAUUCUCAAUUUGAAGAAAUAGGUACCUCGGAAUCUGAAUACAUACCUUCUGGAAAUGAGAGUGAGUCGUCAUCAGUUGCAAGUCAAACAUCCAACUACCAUAAAAAUGAAGAAUUAAGUGAUUUUGACAUCUCAGAUUUUUCUGAUCUUGAAGAUGAAAUGAAUUUGCAGUCACAAAAAAUAAAUAAAGACUCUCAAACUUGUAAAUUGCUAAAAAAUAUAAAAUUAAAUAUGGAAUCUGAAGAUAUAGAUGCACCAAAUUUUGAAAUAGAAACUGAACCAGAAAAUUUAAGUAUUGAUGAUGAAAUAGAUAAAGUUGCUUCCGAACUUACCAGGAUUACAAAGACAUUAAACAAUGAAGUGACAAAUUGGGAAUUAAAUAAAAUUCCUUGUAGAGUUACAGUUGGAAAGCUGUUACUCUCCUCCGGAUCAAUAUUUAACUUUAUCUAAGGAGUCAC